AAGUUGACUUGCAUGAGCCAAUAAUCGGCGGGCUGAUGUACAUGACGUUAGCCAUUGGCUGGUUCAAAAGGUAGGCAUUAAACAAUUUGAGCGCUAACGGACUACAUUUUCAUCUGUGUCGCUCUGUGAAAACACGGCUUCGUGUUGAGGCGAGUUGUCGAACAACACAGUUUGAGAUAAUGGCCGAAAGCGACUCCGGUGAUACAUCUGAUCGCUACGAGUUUGAUGCCCCAUCCCAAGUAAUUGAUCUAAAAGAACUGGAGAAUGCCGAAACCGACGAUAAGUGGUUUGAACAACGGGCCAUGGGAGCAGAUGGUCACCUUAAAACACCUUUGAGAUCUGACCGACCCUUUAUGAGAGGUGAUAUGCAGAACCUGCCGAGAGCCAUCGUAACCCCGCAAGUCAAGACAGACGUGGACUCUGGUCCCAGCACAUCCACAGCUCCACCUCCAAACAUUGUCACAUCCUGGGGUGCUGCGUCUCCUGUUCGGACUGGUGCCCGACCAAAGAGGAGGACCACUAAUCAACCCCCUGCCCAGCCAUGCAGGGUUUCCAAACGUAAAGAUCUAACCAGUGUUCCAGCAGCACCACCAUCAAAGAAACACAAGAAAAGUCCUGUUGCCCGACCAGCCCCCAAACGCAGCAGUGUCCUACGCAGGACUGGGCAGCUGAAUUCCAGGACUGCACCCAACACCCAGGCAGCAGCUUCCACUACUGCAAACACAGAGCCAAGUACCUCUGAAGAACAGGAGCUGGAGCGCAUCAGAAACCUCCAGAAGGAAGUAGCCCUGCAUCGCAAGAAGAACGAGGCCAGCUACAAAGCUGCUCUGGCUGGCAAUCCACCACCAAAGAAGAUGGCCCUGUCAGCAACUGUGCCCAAAGAGUUCCACUUCAGCACAACCACCCGCGCUAAGGCGGCCAGUUCAUCCAACACAACCCACAAGGACGUGGACUUCAUCACUCAGCUCCGCAAACCCUCCUCACCAGCAAAGGCUGUGAAAGGUGCAACAGUGCCCAAACCCUUCAACCUGUCGAUAGGCAGCAAGAGAAAUAUGGAGGCGCCCCCUGCCUACGUGCCCAUGGCUCAGCAGAUAGUGCAGUUUCAGAAACGAACCCCUGAGCGCUACCAUCUUCGCAGUCGUAAGAGUCAAGAGAGAGGGCCAUCCCCGGUGAAGGGUGACCACCUGAAGCUCACCCAGCCUCACACCCCACACCUGAUGACCCUGCAGAGGAGCCGGCCACCCACUGUUAAGAGCAGUGCUGACAUGGAGGCUGAAGAGGUGGACAAACUUCAAAAGUUUAAAUUCAAGGCCCUGGAGCUGAACAGGAAAAUAUUAGAGAGUGCAGAAGGCCUGAAGAAGCCUGCACCAAAGGAACCUACCGUACCUGAAGGCUUUGAGCUGCAGAUUGAAAAAAGACUCCAGCAGAGAACGACCACCAAGCUUCAGGAAGGCGAAGAGAAGCUGCACACCUUUAAAUCCCAGCCUCUACCCAAAAAGAUCCUGGAGGGGGUAGUGGGAUUACCAGAGAAGAAGGUUCUUGCCCCAACUGUACCAGAGUCUCCAGCCUUUGCUCUCAAGAAGAGGAUUCAUCGGGAACCCAGGGUUGAGGAGGUAAAACAGCCCUCACCAAUCAAAGCCCCCCCAGUGCCCCACUUUGGCCUCCCUUUCCAGCCUCGGUUACCAGAGCACCACCAUGUGGAAGUCUGCCCUUUCUCCUUUGAGCAGAGGGAACAAGAGAGGAGGGCACUGAAGGAGAAGAGGCUGGAGGAGAAGCGAAAUGAAGAGGUACCACAGUUCAAGGCCCAGCCGCUGCCAGACUUUAACACUGUGGCCCUCCCAGAGAAGAAGAAGCUGGAGCCCACAAAGCCCGAGCCCUUUAAACUGCUCAUCGACGAACGGGGAGCUUUGAGGAGCAGUCGCUGGGAACAGAUGGUGAAAGAAGAGCAGAAACAUCAGGAGGAAGCAGCAAUAUUCAAAGCCAGACCCAACACAGUCACUCAUAAAGAGCCUUUCCAGCCCAGAAAGGAGAGCCGGACUGCAGUGGAAAACAUUCAUUCGUCCACAGUUCCAGAUGCCUUUGAGCUGUCGACGGAGCGGCGGGCACGGGAGCGGCAGGAGUAUGAGCGGCUGGCCAGUGAGAAGGAGGCUCUCAGGUCGCUGAUGGAGGAGGAGCAGAGACGAGAGGAGGAGCAGCGAGAGAGAGAGGAGGUUGCCAGGAUGCGCCAAGAACAGGUUCACAAGGCUCAGCCCAUCAGACACUACAAACCCGUAGCGCUGAAGAAGAGCGAAGUUCCUCUCACCGUCCCUCAGUCACCAAACUUCUCUGACCGCUUCCGCUUGUAAUCAGCUUGCUCCUGUCCGUUCUUCAGUAGUUAAUCACGCUCACGAUUUCUACAGAUGUUUUUGUGUCUUACUGGGGGAAGCCUCUGAAUUUUGCAUCUCGUUCAGUUUGUGAGUCAGGAUACUGGCUGUAAGUUGUAAAUUAGAGGUGCAUUUGAAAGGACUGAAAGUUCUGUGUUGAGGUUUAGAUUUUAACCAUUUAUUCCUUUGUCUAUUAUUUGUCUUACUAUUCUUGUGUAUUGACUCUUUGUUCAAAUAAAAACUGUCAAAUAUCAACAGUGA